GGGAUCCGAUUUCGCCCGAGGAACGACUAUGCUUAACUCUAAGAUUUUUAGCAACUGGGCAGUCAUUUUCCUCUUUAUAUUUCCAGUUUCUUAUUGGUCGAUCCACUAUUUCCAAAAUUGUUAGAGAAACGUGUAUGCUUAUGUGGUCUGAGCUGAGAAGACUUGUGAUGCCAGUCCCAGAUGAAAAUGCAUGGCUGCGCAUUGCAGAAGACUUCCAACAAAAAACCAAUUUUCCGAAUUGUUUGGGGGCCUUGGAUGGAAAACACAUUCGAGUUACUCUGCCAAUCAAAAGUGGUUCAAAAUACUUUAAUUAUAAAAAAUACUUUUCCAUUGUUCUUAUGGCUGUCGUUGACGCAAAUUAUUGCUUUACACUCAUUGAUGUUGGAGCCUAUGGAAGCACUGGCGAUGCUAGUGCUUUCAGGAAUUCUUCAUUCGGACGCCGACUCUCAGAAGGGGCACUUCAACUACCUCCUCCGAAACCAUUGCCUGGGACUGCUGGACCUUGUAUGCCUUAUGUCUUUGUGGGUGAUGAGGCAUUUGGCCUUACGGAAAAUAUAAUGCGGCCAUACCCAGGGUCACAAAGGGCCAUUCAGAAAAGAGUUUUCAAUUACAGAUUAUCAAGAGCAAGGCGUAUGGUGGAAUGUGCUUUUGGUAUUCUGUCCAACAAAUGGCGGGUAUUCCAUACUGCUAUACAACUGGAACCUGAUUUUGUGGACAAUGUGAUAAAAGCCGGUUGUGUUUUACAUAACUUUGUGCGGCUUCGGGAUGGCUACAAUUACCAAGACACCCUAACAGAUGAUAUACCAGACAUUGAUUGGGCCCCUGUUAGAGGUCCUACAGGAGGAAUGAGGGUGCGAGAUCAUUUGGCAAAUUAUUUUAUGUCUCCUGAUGGCUCAGUACCGUGGCAGUUAAACCGCAUGUAGUCUGUAACCAGGCUAAUGUUUUAUGCUACCUUUAAUAAAUUCUGUUUAAAAUACUAAGGUUGUUGUGUUGUUUUUCACUCACAGUUUUGUUUAUGUUUGUAUUGAGAAGGGCUCUUGUUCCUUAAACAAACAGGUUUAAGAAAAGAUACAACAUUUUUGAUACUUAGCACAGUUGAGGGACCCUCCAUAAAAUACUAUAACUUCCCAGUUCCAGGACAAAUUUAUUGAGCCUCUCACAAACUUUAUCUUAUCCAUCCCUCCCAAUAUGUAUAUAUACAU